UGGGCAGGCGGCGGGGCCGGGGGGGCCGCGCCGGGGCCAUGCUGGGCAAGGACUACAUGUUGGCCAUCGUCCUCGUCAACUGCGACGACAACCUCUGGAGUGACCAGAGCCUGGAGACAGACCCCGACCUCCCCCCAGGCUGGAGGAAGAUCUGUGACUCUCUGGGCACCUACUACUGGCAUGUGCCGACCGGCACAACACAGUGGCAGCACCCGGCACACACUGCUGGCCCUGCAGGGCGCCCGGAGGCUGAUGGAGAGGAGACAUCCCAGGGAAUGGACUACCAUGCCUCCAUGGCAAAGCACUCGUCAAAGGACAGGCCCAUUCCCAGCCCCAUGGCCUCGCUGUCCCGGAGGACUUCACUGCCCUGGCGUGGAGACGACUUCCAGAGCUCAGAGCCCGGCUCCAAGUGCUUUGCUGUGCGCUCACUGGGCUGGGUGGAGAUCCCCGAGGAGGACCUGGCACCCGGCAAGAGCAGCAUCGCUGUCAACAACUGCAUCCAGCAGCUCUCCAACAGCAAGGGCCAGGGCUCUGCCGAGAACCAGGGUGAGGGCCAGGACCUGGUGAUGAUCCUGAAGAAGGACACCAUGAGCCUGGUGGACCCUCUUGACCGCAGCCUCAUCCACCGCCAGCCCAUCCUCAACAUCCGCGUCUGGGGUGUUGGGUGCAACAACGGCAGGGACAGAGACUUCGCCUUCGUGGCCAGUGACAAGGACACCUGCGUCCUCAAGUGUCAUGUCUUCCACUGCAAUGUGCCCGCUAAGGGCAUUGCCAAGGCCCUGCAUGAAAUGUGCUCCAAGAUCGUGGCUGAGCGAGCUGUAGCGAGCAGCGGGCUGCCUCGGGCCACCAUGCUGAGGCCCAGCUCCACGGAGGACCUGCCACUGCAAGUGGAUAUCUUGGAAGCAGUGAGGCAAUCCAUACAGACCUAUGAGGCACUGUACAUUGGCAGCCUGCCUGUGCCCAGGGCCAUGGGGAUGGAUGUGCUGAAUGAGGCCAUUGAGAAGCUGACGAGGGGCCCUGGGCGGGAGCACUGGAUGCCGUCCCUCAUCCACGUGUCUGACACGGCCAUGAGGGUGCACCCUGCACAGGAGGAUGAGGAUGCGGCGCACAUCUGGGAGUGCCAGGUCCGGUAUGUGACCUUCCUGGGGGUGGGCCAUGAUGCCCACACCUUCGCACUCAUCGUGGACACGGGGCGACGCUUCCAGUGCACGGCCUUCUGGUGUGAGCCCAAUGCUGGCAGCAUCUCGGAAGCAGUGCAGGCAGCCUGCAUGGUGCAGUACCAGAAGUGCCUGGUGGCUGCUGCCCCGGGAGCAAAGGCGAGGGCCGCGGAUGGCGGAGCCCCGGCGGGCUCGGGGGACGCGGCCGGCGGGGCAGCCAAGGCGAGCGGGGGCAGCGGCGGCGCGGCCGGGGCCGGGGUCCGCAAGCGGGGGCUCUUCUCCUUCCUGGAAGUCUUCCGCCUGAGGCGAGCCCUGCUGCACACCCCAUAG